AGUGACUUAGUGGCAAUGGCUCCCGAGGGAUUAGUUGCAGUUCUGAGCGUGUGUUGCGUAUCUUUGGCCUCGGCCGGAUUUGGCCUUGGCGGCGGCAGUCUCAGCCUGGGUGGAUCCACUUUUGGCCUGGGACAUGGUGCUGGCUUUAGUGGCGGAAUGACAAUUGGAAGUGCUUCUGCGAAUGGCGGACUCUUCGGGCAUGGUGUCUCGACGCACGGAUUAGGGAUGAACGGAUUAGGAGCUGCUGCUGCUGGAGCUCUGCAUUCGGCUGGAUCCUCUGCAUUAUCUCUAGGAGCACACACAGCGGACAUGAUUAAAGACGGCCUUUCUGGAAUCGGAGCAUCGGAAGUUGGGACAUCGAGUUCUUACAGUGGUUCUAGUUCCUCAUCACAUAAUUCUGGAUCUCAAAGCUCAAUGUCUAAUCAUCUGAGCCUCGGACCUUCUGCAGCUCAUGGGGAUCUCUUAUCGCUUAUGUCUGGAUCUGUGGUAGGGAGUGGAUCGCACCUGGCCGCAAACAAACUGAUAGGUGCCGCUGAAACUGGAGCUUCUGCUCUUCAUUCUGCGGGUCUUUCUGCCUUUUCUCACGGUGCUCAAAAUACUGGCAAUAUUGGCAGCGGUUUAGCUGGAAUCGGAGGAGCAGUUGGUGGUGCAUCCAGUUCCUACUCUUCGUCAGAGAAAUCUGGAUCUCAUAGCCUGAAUUCUGAAAGUAUGAGCAUCAAAGGUUCUGGAUUCGUUCAUGGAUCAUCUUCAGGCUCCGCAAACAAAUUUGUAAAUGCUGCUGAGGCUGGAGCUUCUGCUCUUCAGUCUGCAGGUACUUCUGCUUCAACUUUUGGUGCUCACAACUCUGGAAAUAUUGGCAGCGGUUUAGCUGGCAUCGGAGGAUCGAGCUCAUACUCUUCUGCAAUUAAAUCAGGAUCUCAGGGCAUGAGUUCUGGAAGUAUGAGCAUCGAAUCUUCAGGAUCCGUUUCAGGUAGUGGAUCUCACCUGGUCGCAAACAAAUUGAUAAAUGCUGCUGGUGCUGGAGCUUCUGCCCUUCAUUCUGCGGGUCUUUCCGCUUCCUCUCUGGCUGCUCAAAAUACUGGACAUGUUGCAAGCGGUCUUGCUGGAAUCGAAACAUCUGAAGCUAGUGGAUCCAGUUCAUACUCUUCAUCAGUGAAAUCUGGAACUCAUAGCAUGAGUUCUGAAGCCUCUGGAGUCGUUCAUGGAUCAACUGUGGGCUCCGCAAACAAAUUGAUAGGAUCUGCUGGAGCUGGAGCUUCUGGCCUUCAUUCUGCAGGUAUUUCUGCUCACAACACAGGAAAUAUUGGCGGCGGUCUAGCUGGAAUCGCAGCAUCUGCAAAUAGUGAACAUUCUGAGAGUAUGAGAAUCAAAGCUUCUGGCUCCGUUGUCGGAAGUGGAUCUCACCUGGUCGCAAACAAAGUUGUAAAUUCUGCUGAAGCCGGAGCUUCUGCUCUUCAUUCCGCAGAUCUUUCUGCUGCCUCUUUCGAAGCUCAAAACACUGGAAAUAUUGGAAUCGGAGGAACAGCUGGUGGUGCCUCCAGUUCAUACUCUUCAUCAGAUAAAGCUGCAUCUCAUAGCAUGAACUCUGAGAAGAUGAGCAUGGAAGCAUCUAAAGUUGUUCAUGGUUCAUCUGUAGGCUCCGCUGUAGGGAGUGGAUCUCAAGUGGUUGCUAACAAAUUUGUAAAUGCCGCUGAGGCUGGAGCUUCUGCUCUUCACUCUGCAGGUCUUUCUGCUUCAACUUCGGGUGCGCACCACACAGGAAUUACUGGCAGCGGUCUUGCUGGAAUCGCAGCAUCUGGAAAUAGUGCAUCCAGUUCCUACUCUUCGUUAGAGAAAUCUGGAUCUCAUAGCAUGAAUUCUGAGAGCAUGAGCAUCAAAGGUUCUGGAGUCGUUCAUGGAUCAGGCUCCCCAAACAAAUUUGUAAAUGCUGCUGAAGCUGGAGCUUCUGCUCUUCAUUCAGCAGGACUUGGUGGUUCCCCUCUGGGUGCUCACAACACGGGAAAUAUUGGCAGCGUUCAUGCUGGAAUCGGAGCAUCCAGCUCAUACUCUUCAUCAAUGAAGUCUGGAUCUCAUAGCAUGAAUUCUGAGAGCAUGAGCAUCAAAGGCUCUGGAGUCGUUCAUGGAUCAGGCUCCGCAAACAAAUUUGUAAAUGCUGCUGAAGCUGGAGCUUCCGCUCUUCAUUCAGCAGGACUUGCUGGUUCCUCUCUGGGUGCUCACAACACGGAAAAUAUUGGCAGCGGUCAUGCUGGAAUCGGAGCAUCCAGCUCAUACUCUUCAUCAAUGAAGUCUGGAUCUCAUAGCAUGAAUUCUGAGAGCAUGAGCAUCAAAGGUUCUGGAGUCGUUCAUGGAUCAGGCUCCGCAAACAAAUUUGUAAAUGCUGCUGAAGCUGGAGCUUCCGCUCUUCAUUCAGCAGGACUUGCUGGUUCCUCUCUGGGUGCUCACAACAUGGGAAUUAUUGGCAGCGGUCAUACUGGAAUCGGAGCAUCCAGCUCAUACUCUUCAUCAAUGAAGUCUGGAUCUCACGGCAUGAGUUCUGGAAGUAUGAGCAUCGAAGCUGGAUCAUCUGUAGACUCUCUUCUUGGAAAUGCUGGAGCUGCGGCUUCGUUUCUACAUUCUCCAGGUUCUGCUGCUGCAUCUCUCGGUACACUUACAAUCAAAAAGAUGGCGGGCGGUCUUGCUGGCUUGGGAGCCGCUGGAGCUGGUGCAUCUGGUUUGAACUCCGGGCAUCUAAGCAUGAAUGCCUUUGGAGCAGGACACGGACUAUCAGUUGGCUCUAUUGGGGGUAGCGGGGCACAUGAGGCCGCUGCGUCACUUAUGCAUGGACUUUCAAGCGGUCUUCUUGGAGCUGGCGCCUCGGCAUUGUCGCCUGUCGGUUCUGGAAGCGCAUCUGUUGAAGGGCAAGGCGGACACUCACACUCGCUGUCCUUUGGAGGCAGCCACUCGUUUGGAGCUGCAGGAAAUAGCGAUGCCAGCUCAGGAUUGGAUUUGUCGGGUCACAUUGGAAGCACCAUGAACCACGCUGGCGGAUUUUUGUUCGGUUAGUCUCCGAUGCUAAUCCAAAACGUACAUUUUCGUAUCUCUUAGUGUUACUUUAGUUUGGCCUUAAACAUAAUUAAAUACAUUUUUAUUUAAAUCUGCAAGCGCUGCCUUCAAA